AAGGAGGCAGCUACCCAAAUAAGUCCUAGAGAAAUAAUUGAAGUGUUAGAGAAAAAUGGGAAGGUCUCCUUGUUGUGAUGAGAGUGGUCUAAAGAAAGGUCCAUGGACUCCUGAAGAAGAUCAAAAACUCACCAAUUAUAUCAAUAAAAAUGGACAUGGCAGCUGGAGGGCCCUCCCUAAACAUGCAGGUCUUAAUAGAUGUGGAAAGAGUUGCAGAUUGAGAUGGAGUAAUUAUCUUAGGCCAGAUAUUAAAAGAGGCAAAUUCUCUCAAGAAGAGGAACAAACAAUUCUCAAUCUCCAUGCUGUCCUUGGUAACAAGUGGUCAGCAAUUGCAACUCAUCUACCAGGGAGAACUGACAAUGAAAUCAAGAAUUUUUGGAACACUCAUUUGAAGAAGAAGUUGAUCCAAAUGGGUUAUGAUCCAAUGACUCAUAGGCCUAGAACUGAUAUCUUUAAUAGCCUGCAACAUCUCAUAGCUUUAGCAAAUUUGAAGGAAUUAAUUGAACAUAAUCACUCAUGGGAAGAACAAGUUAUGAGACUUCAUUACUUGCAAAAUCUUCUACAACAACCUCACAACAAUAAUAUUAGUACCUUAAGUGCUAUCCAAAAUGUGGAAGCUAAUUACAAUCUUUUAAAUUCUUUAAAAGAUAGCCAAUUCUUAGACUCAAAUAGUCAUUUGGGAAAUCACAUAGUUCAUCAAAUUCCUUCAAGUCUUGAUCAACCUAUUCAAAAUUCAAUCCCUUUCUCCCAUUUGACUGAAUUACACACCCCUUGUAGUUUCCAAACUUCUUUGAACAAAGAUAAGGUUCCACCUCAAGACAUUGAGUUUACGGUUAUGAGCCACGAAGAAACUUCGCCUGCUUCUUCGUGGCUCCCUCCUUUAUCUCCUUCUCUUCCUCCUCCUCCUCCACCGGUAUCAAACAAUCAAAGAAGAAAAGAAAAUUCUUCAGAAGUGGUGAUCUCAUCUUGCUUGCCAGAAGAUAUGAAGGUUUUGGAUAACUUUUUUCAACAAGAUAGCGAACAAUCACUCAGCAAUGAAGGAGCUCCACCUUCUAUUUGGUCCGACCUUCCACUUGAAGACUCUUUUUUCCAAGGUCUUGAUAAAUUCUAAAACAAUAAUACACGACAAAUAGAUCGAAUCUGGAGUUUCAUCUUUUUCAGUCAGAUUGCAAGCGAUCACUCAACCAUGAAGGAAGUUCACUUCCUCUCACCUUAAUUUUAAUUAUUAAGUUGCCUUCCUUUGUUUUCUUAGAUAGUAUAUACACUUUCCAUUAGUAUGGUGAGCCAAUGAAUAAAAGCGCAACUGAUUAAAGUUUAGUAC